UCAAAGGCUCCGCUGCCCUACCAGUUCGCAGGCGCUUCCCAUCUCCGAGCCGUCGAGGUUGCUUGGGACGGCGAAGGAAAUCACUCGCUGCUCAUGAGACGAUUUCCUCCUCCGAAUCUCCGCAGCUCUCUCUCCAACAAGUUUUUGUCCCCUGCGCAGACUCUUCUCAAGGCGAGGAACCCCACCGGGUCCACUCCCAGCAACGACGGCUGCCAAUCUCAGCGCAACGCUCCCCGCUACCGCCUCUCAGGCCAGUCUCAGAUCGCUCCUUCGAAAUCCGGAUCCUUUCAUGGCGUCAUUCAGUCCCCAACGAACUCGCUCCUUUCCACCUCGGUCAGGCAGACGGCCGAGAGAACCCUCGACCCAGCUCGCGUCUCGGCGAUUCUAUGCCAGAAAGAUUGGUUCUUGUUGCUCAACUCUGAGUUCCAACGCUAUGCGCCAUGUGCAAGCUCCCGAGUUGUCGUCAGCCUUCUCCAAAAUCUGGAAGAACCGUUGUCCUCGUUUAAGUUCUACGUCUGGGUUUCUAAUUUCGAUGAGAAGUUGGCGCGCGAUCGGUCGGUGCGGAUGGUGUUGAUCGAUGCGCUCUGGAGGAAAGGUCCGGUAGUGUUGUCGGUAGACCUACUGAAUGAGAUCAGAAAGUGUGGAUGUCGAAUCACAGAGGACAUCUUGUGCAUCCUUAUCUCCAGCUGGGGACGAUUAGGGCUCGCAAAGUAUGUGAAUGAGGUCUUCGGCCAGUUGCCGAUAUUGGGUUUUAGGCCGACGACGAGAGUCUACAACUCGGUCAUCGAAUCGUUGGUUAGAGCGAAUUCACUUGAUUUGGCUUAUUUCAAAUUCCAACAGAUGCCUUCCGAUAAUUGCUUGCCUGAUCGUUUCACAUACAAUGCUCUCAUUCAUGGAGUCUGCAAGCAUGGUAUCGUUGAUGAAGCGCUUCGGUUGUUGAAGCAGAUGGAAAAUUCAGGGUGUUUGCCGAAUGUGUUCACAUACACGAUGCUGGUAGAUGGCUUCUUUAAUGCCAAGAGGGUAGAAGAGGCAUUUCGGGUGAUUGAGACGAUGAGAAAGAGAAAUGUAGCACCUAAUGAAGCCACCUUUCGAUCAUUGAUUCAUGGUGCAUUCCGAUAUUUGGAAUCACGGACGGCAUAUGAGAUUAUAAGUGGGUUCUUAGAAAGAGAAUCAGUGCUGCAAGAACAUGCUUGUAGCACUAUGCUCCAUUGCCUCUCAAAGAAUAAUAUGGCAACUGAGGCUAGGGAGUUCAUGGACAGAAUGAGUGAAAGGGGCUAUUGUAUGGAUACUUUAACUUUUGGUGUAGUUGUGGCUUGCGCCUUGAAGAGCUUGAGAUUGACUGAAGCAUGCAAAAUGUUGGAUGAGUUUGUUAAAAGAGGUGGCAAGCCUGGAUUUAGUACAUACAUCAUUGUCGUCAAGUCUAUGUUGAAGGAAGGACUCAUAAUGGAGGCUGAUCAAUAUCUGAAGCAGAUGAUGGUGGAUGGAUGUCUAUGUAGUGUAGUAUCCUACAAUACAUUGAUCGAUUGCUUUGUUAAAUCCAAAAUGAUGGAUAAGGCGAUGGAAACUUUGGAAAAGAUGCAUGCUAAGGGUUUUCUUCCAAAUCUCAUUACCUUCAAUACACUGAUUACUGGCUUUUCUAAGGCUGGGGAUGUAAAUAUGGCAAGGAAUAUUGUAAAGAUGCUUUUGGAGCAUGGACUUAAGCCUGAUGUUGUUACUUUUAGCACCAUAAUUGAUGGACUUUGUGAGGUGCGUCAAAUGAAUGAUGCUUUUGAUUGUUUUAUCGAGAUGGUAAAAUGGGGUGUCUCCCCAAAUGCCAUCACAUACAAUAUACUAAUCCAUUCUCUUUGUGAAGUUGGUAAUGUACACAAGUCAAUGGUGCUCUUUAAAAGGAUGAAAUCAGAAGGCAUUGUUCCAGACAUUUUUUCUUUUAAUGCCCUCAUUUUGAGUUUCUGUAGGAUGAAAAAGCUUGAGAGAGCACGAAACAUUUUUAAUGAUAUGUUGAGAUUUGGGGUCGUUCCAGAUAUCUAUACUUACAAUGCUUUCAUCAGAGCUUUAUGUGAUGCACGGAAAAUUGAAGAAGCCAAAGAAACUUUACACGUAAUGGAGCUCAAUGGCAUCACUCCAAAUUCUUAUUCAUAUGACUCCAUCGUUGAUUCCCUUCUUUGUAUGGGCCAUUUAACAGAGGCCCAGGAGUUUAUCAGUAAAUGUGAAAGGAAAGGAAUUUAUCUGAGCUCCCCUUCUUCCAUGAAAAUUGAACCUGAAAAUGUUGGCAGAGUUGUCAACAGUUGAGUUUAAUUUAUUCAUACCAUAGCUUUUUGAUGGCAACAGUUCUUUGUUGGUCAUUUUACUUGGACAAGGAGAUGAGUAUUGAUUGGUUCAAGUCUAUUAGAGAUUGCAACAAGAUGCUGUCCUGCUGCCAGCUAUUUUAUUACUUGGCCUCUGCUGUGACACUUUUGCAUAAUUGUAAUGGCCUUUGGAUAUCCUCAUUUUUAGAGAAGUAAUGGUAUGGUGCAUUACCAGAAAAUAUCCUGCAUUUGAUUGAGGGAUGGAGUGUUUUCUGCCUCCAAUUUCAGGCAUAAAUACUUUGCAGGUUUUGUAAUGGCAUUUGGAUAUCCUCAUUACUUGGCCUCAGCUGUACUUUUGCAUAUCUACCCUUUUCAGUGAUUGCAGUUGAGUAAACUAAAUGAAAGCUUGUAUUUGUCUUAUUUGUAUUUAGGAGUGAGGGCACGGUUGCAUAUAAACUUUUAAUGCGGAGGCAAGAACUGUUGGAAACUUGGAUGAUGAUGUUUGAAGGGUCUCUCUCCAUGAAAUCCUGAUAGCGGGCUUCUUCUUUGCCUUUUUUCCAAGGGCCAACUGGUGCUUCGCUGACACACAGUCGUCAAGAACUUGGAUUCUGCCCUUGUGAGGACCCAUCACUCGUUGGCAUUCCUAUAUAUGAACUUUGUUCUCAUGCUUACAUGAAUCCCGACUUGAAAUACAACAUGAUCGAUCUUUGUGACUCAUGAUCUCCCCAUGCAAAAGAUGGAUUCACUGUGCAGCAGGGAAGAAGAGACCUAAGAUGCAACAUGCUACUCGAUACUUGUUCAUUCUGUACCUAUUUUGAUGUCUUGUCGUCGAACACUGAAAUUACAUGCUGUUCUUACACAUACGGAGCUGAAACAGUGUUCGUAUAUGCUUGUAUACAACAUUGAAAGAAAAUUGUUUGAGGUGAUGCAGGAUGUAAUUGUUGGCUGUUGCAUCACUUUCUUAGGUGAUUGCAUUUUUGCCAGUCACUGGACAUGGUUGUCAUGAUUAAUAAGCUUUAUGCUGGUAAACUUUCUUCUUGGUGAUUA